AUGAACUUGGUUCGUCUAGCACCGCAAGACGUGAUUAACAGUGUUGUUGAAGCAUCACGUCGAACCCCACAAAAGUGUCAACGACCAACUGAGCUGAUUUUACGCCGUCCUGCUUCGGCGACUCCAUACCACGGGCGUCGUCCUCCAGAUGUGUCAACCCCACCUCCUUCGGAGCAUAUCGAAUUUAACCAACUCAAGGAAAUCCUUCUCAAAAAAAGUGGUGAUCUCUGCUACAAUUUUGAGAGGAUUACCGCAACCAAAGAUGACUUUAUCGACGAGGGUCAACUUGGUGCUGGAACUUGCGGGGUAGUUAAAAAAAUGCGACAUAAAGUAAGAAAGGAUCUUGUCAUGGCUGUCAAACAAAUGCAUGUGUCAUCGACCUGUGCUGUGGAAAACAAAAGAAUUAUGAUGGAUUUGGACGUUGUUACAAAAUGUGUUGGCUGUCCCAAUAUCGUCAAAUGUGUGGGAAUAUUCUUCUCUAUGUCUGAGGUGUGGAUUUGCAUGGAAGUUAUGUCAACAUCUCUUGAUAACCUCAUGCGGGACACUGCUGAACCGUUUCCCGAGUAUGUUCUUGGCAAAAUUGCGGUUUCGAUUGUAAAAGCUUUGGAUUACCUCAAGAGAGAGCAUAACAUGAUGCACCGAGGUAUGCUCUAUUUCUUAUGCACUUUGGUUCUAGAUGUCAAACCAUCAAAUAUGCUCUUGAGCUCUACCGGCGAUAUUAAAUUAUGUGAUUUCGGAAUAAGUGGACAACUUAAAGAUUCUAUUGCGAAUUCCAAUCAGCUCGGCUGUAUAGGCUAUAUGGCACCGGAAAGGCUAGAAAAAUUCAAAUAUGACGUUCGUGCUGAUAUAUGGUCUCUCGGAAUAUCGUUAGUCGAACUUGCCCUUAAGUCUUUCCCGUACAAAGGUUCCCAAUUUGAAUUUGCCAUUCUCAGUAAAAUCAUUGAAGAACCGCCACCUAAGCUUCCAAAUGAUGGGCGCUAUUCAGCUGACUUUUGUUCUUUUGUGGACAGGUGCUUGAUCAAAGAUUACGUCCAACGUCCCAAGUAUGGAGCACUUCGUAAGACCAACCUCUUUCUCACCUACAACCGGGAGCCGUUCGAUGUUGGUGAUUGGUAUCGCACCGUCCGAUUAAAUCCUACUGGUAACCACAAUGAGGGUCGCCACACCCCCAUCUCCCCAUCAUCCUCCACCGUCACUCUUAGUCCUGACGGAAAUCGCAGCUGGUUAGACUCCGAAAUCGAUGCACGUCGGAGUAAUCAGCGUGAGACCUCACUGACUCGGCGCAGUCCCGCUCCUCUUCUAUUUGAUCCGCCAGCUCACCUGCUCCGGAAGGACUGCAUACAUCCUAACUGGCAAAAGCCUCUGGUAUACAAUUCUGUGAGGUCGCAGACUCUUCCACCGCCUGGCGCCUCAUCCCACCGUCACGCCUCUCCGACUCCGCCGCCACUUUUGAAUGCUAUCGAAAGACCCGGCGUGGUCGGUUUUAACUCUUCCGGUGGUGGUGAUAGUCCUGAGAAUGUGAUACUGCGCAACCGGAGCCGUCCGCGCGUUUCCUCGGGUCGAAAGCACCCGGAGGCAUCUGAAAUGGUACCACCAGUGGCGGUGGACGUGCGUCGGAACGCUUUUUACCCCCGCCUUGGCACCAACGAUAUUGGUGGGGACGCGGGCGACUCUCCUUGCGGCCAUAGCACAACCAAUACUACCACUUUGCAGGCCUAUCUGAACAGCCUCAAUCAGCAGCAACAGCAAGUGCCACAAACGGCGCCUUCGCCACCACUUACCUACUACACCGAACCCCGCUCCUCUCAUCAGCGCCCAUCCAUCCUGCCCCCAUCCUCCUCUCCCUCCUCCACCGUUACACCUCCGCGCCAGCCCUAUACACCCAAUGCGACCGCUAUGGAGCAGAACGGCCACGACUCCCUUUCACGUCCUCUGCGUUCCGUCUCCGCAGGCUACAACGGCAAUGGACGUCGCAUUCAACGAGCCCCCGCCUGUCGUCUCAUCUCGAAUCCUUAUCAGCCCACUCGAGUGGUCAACAAUGACACCCCAGUCUUCUCAUUCUCUCCCUCAAAAAAGACCAUGGCUACCCAGCCUGUGGUCUCUACCCCCAGUUCUACUGACAGUGCUUCUGGUGGUGCCUCAGAAAACGAGGCACAGGAGUACCAUCAUGAGUACUUCUGGCGGGGGAAUAGCUACGAGGGUAAAUCUCGAGGCGGAGGCGGGUGUGACAAAUUGCUUUUGUGGGUACUGGAUUCGUCGCGUGAGGCUGAUUUGCCUGCUGAAGAGUUUGGUGCAUUCACGGAUUGGCGCUGUGUUACUUAA